AUGGAUUACAGCAAUCCGAAAUCGAUUAGGCUUCAAAGUUUACUGGAGUUGCCUGACUGGCGAGAUCGUGUUUCUCUUGAAACCGAAUUAGGAUGGGAUCCACGAGAUAUCUUGGGAAUGCUCGAUCUGCAGGUCGAGAGAAGCAAUUCGAGGAGAAGGUUAAAGGGCGAAGUUGUGGCGAAGAAAGUCUUUGAAAAUGAACAUAUGAUCGUACCGGACGCUUAUAACUACACCCUCUCAGAACCAUGGUCCUUUGGUUCGUCAAUGACCAUGAACAUAACAGACGCAGUAAAUGAGCAUUAUGGCCUAAAACUCUGGGCUCAACGAUAUAGCGUGAAUCUAUACGGAAACAUUUAUCCAAAAUCUGCUUAUGUCCAUGCUUAUGAAGCGACUGUUGAUUUGAAGGAAAAAAAUAUAAACCUUUUUGAAGCCAAAGGAGUAGUGAUUAUGAGGGAUACAAUUGUACUAAACGGAACGUUUAACAUGAGUGUACACAACCCCUUAGUAUGUCAAGGUGAACCAAGCAGGUUGAACGCCUUCAUCUCACUUGAAAAUUCGGUCAUAUCAUUAAAUUCAGAUUUUCUUUGUGGAGAAUCUCCGAAGUACAAGUUGAGCUAUGCGCUCGACCCAUACACACACAUAGGGAGCUUGAAUUUGACGGAUCACAAGGGCAUCCACAUACGUUUCCAUUCUCCAUACACCUUAAAGGUCGUAAGUGGACGUAUUCAAGUCAAUUCACAAACAAGUAUCUAUAUUGGCAGUGAGCAUUUGUACACAGCAUAUGAGAACUUCACUUUCUCUACUCGUGAAAUAGGCUACAUCGCACGUACGAAGCGCAUCAUCGAUAGGACAACUAUCUCCAGAGUCAAUUUUAAUGCUUUAGCUUGGCAGCAUUUUGGCUUAAAAAUAGAUCUUCCGAACGUUAAAAACGGUUUCCUUCUUGAUACCGGACUGACAGCAGAUAUCAAUGACUAUCGAGCAUUGGGAGCAAAGUUUAUAUUAGGCAUGGAUUCGCAGAAAUAUGGUUUUGAUCUUGCCUUCUCAAAAGGUCGAAAUGCUCUCCUUCCAAUUGUUUUAAAUGCCUCAUUCCAUGGUUUUGAGCAAAAUCGAUCAUUUAUAGUCAAUUUCGAUGCAGAAAGCAGUGAUAACGGCUAUAAGCAAACAGGUCUAUUUGUCAAAACUCAUACCAAUGAUGAAGUAAUUCUGAAGAUUUCUAGUGACUUUGGACAUAAGGCUAAUGAAGGCGAAAUAUCUCUCUAUUUCUCAAUGCAUCCUGGCACACAAAAAUCUAACUUCGGCGGGUUUCUGUAUAAGACACAAAUUUCCUGGACGUUCACUCGAGAAUUGCUCAAGGUGGAGAAUCAGGGAGAAUGGAAUGAAAAUAAAGCAAUACCACCAGGAAUGCCCUUCCGAUAUGGAAUUCAAGUAAUCAGAAAAACUAAAGUGAGUGGAUAUGAAGUUCAAGUCUACGCUGAGGACAGUAACAUGGGAAAAGUAUUCGGAAAUGAGAUGAUUGAAAUGUUAUACAGUGAUAAGUUGGAUGAUGCGAAAGGGGGUUUGGACAUGGAAAUUAAUCUACUCUUUAAUUGGAGAAAGUACCUCGGACGCGGCGUGGUUGGUUCUCAAGCAACCUUGAACUUACAACUAGAUAAACCAAGGACGGAGGGUAGCGCAGUAUUAGUCUGGACUUUACCCGAUGAUAAACAAACGGAGCUUGUUGCUGAAGCGGACUUUAAGAUUAAAAACCAAGCAUUGGCCAUAGGAACUAAGGCUGUGUGGGCUGGUGAAAACGUACAUCAAGGAAAACUAAAGGGCAGCCGUGAGGGAUCGUUAUUAGAAGUUGACUUCGGUGCCAAUUUAUUUAACCUUUCUUGGGAAUUGCAAUAUAAGGGGAAGUUGGAUUCUUCACCGUUAAUCGAUAUUGAAGCAAGGGCGAAAACAAAAGAAAACCUGGAAGCGGAAUUCUUAUUAUCUGCUUCUGAUAAAAAGCCGCCGAAAAUCCAGAUUUCUGUUCUUACCAAAAGGUUUCCGAUCCGCCUAUUUGCAAAGAUUCAAAGUCAUACUUUGAUCGCAAACACAAGUCCAACAAACUUUGAUGUGGAAGGUUAUUUCAAAACUGAGCCGAUAUUUCUCAAUAGUGAAUUCAAUUUCAACUUUAAGGACCAACGCGUUUUUAAAGCCACAACCACUAUCACAAAAAAGAAUGGAGAUUUGCACACCCAAUCGAGUGUAUUCGAGAUCACUGAAGAUGGAAAGUCAUUCACUUUAGAUAUCAACAUAGAUUCCCCACUGAUAGCCAAUAGGAACCUGAAAAUUUCGAACAAAUUAAGUUGCACAUCAGGCUCUGAUUACAACCUUCGAUGUAUUAAUGACAAAAAGCACUCAUUGAAUAUUGACAAUAAGGAGGAAUUUGGACCAAAGCCUGUAAAUAUGGAGCUUAAAAACUCUAAGUGGACAUCGAUUGACGUGAUAGCUAAUAUGAAAGCCCAAAUCAAGUUGAUCUCUAAUGAUAAAGAAUUUGGGUUUUUAGUGAAACAAGCCAAUACAACUAUUUUCCACUUUAAACUACUGAAAGAGAUGGAGAUAAAUUCGGAGAGCUAUGCGAUUAAUUUGCACGGACUGUUGGAACAUGAUAAUAGUUCCCUCGAAACUAAAAUUGGUUUAUCAACUAAAUCACAUUUUCUAGUUUGUAACAUUUCCUUGGCAACGUCUGGAGAAUUUGGAAAGCACGACUUGGACCUAAAGGCAAAUUUGGGUUAUAUUCUGGGUCUUUUGGCAAAUGAAAUACCUAGAGAACAGGAUCGCAACCAGUUAAAGACUUACCUGCUUCAUUUUGACGAUUUUGCUUGUGGAUUAGAAUUUACUGACAUGUAUCACCUUAUGAUAACUUACGUAAAUUCACCAGUUAAUAUGCGGUGUGCCUACGAUUGGCGCACACGGAAUUCGUUUAGGAUUGUAAUUCAAGCUGAUACGCCUAUUGAAAUGGAUGCAAGAGUGUUAUUUGAUUUCGCCGGAGAGAAUUAUUUAGCAUUGUCAAGAACCUCCGCGGUUUUGGGCACAGUGACCAAAACAGACCUUACAAACUUACUCGGUGGUUCUAGCAAAGAAUUCGUCAGCAGUGGAUGUGCAAGCAACUUCAUGAACUGCAAAUCAAUAAUACUCGGAAGCACUUCAACAAACUCCAUUCACUCACAACGUGUUUUCAACAUAACCGUCCCCAUAAGCAAUGGUGUCAACCCAAUUGCAAUUGAAACCAAGUUCAAUGGAUUUAUACCACACGCCAUUUCUCUUAUGACCAAGGACAGAGAAGUAGGUGUGGGAGGUUGGAUUGAUCUUGCGGAUCGUACAGUUACUGUUGAAACAGCAUGGAAUCGUCGAUUAGGUGGUAGUUUGCUAUUGAAGCUUGGAAAAAACGAGGUUGCAAUGGAAAAUCUCGACAAUCGUAUUAAAAUUGGCAGAUCAGGAAAAAAAUAUUACAUCCGGAAUAGGCGUUUGUCUCUCCAAAGAACGGAUACUUAUCUGCAAAUAAGCCGCGAAAAUCCGAAUAGAUUUAAAAUUUCUUCAUGUCUUCUGAAAGAUCCGAUAGUCUGUGUUUAUACUGACGACGGAAUUCGAAAUAGUCUUAAACUCUAUCGAAAAUCUGCGGAUCCAAAUACUCUUUUGGCGGAAUUUUCAUCAACGAAAAGACGUGCUUUCUGUAAAAAUGCACAACUAAUUGCAUCGAAGCCUAAUAAUAGAUCGAUUACAAUGGAUGCAAAAGACCAUAUUAUGUGCCAAUCCAAAGAUAUUAUAACUGCAAAUAUUAGCAUUUUUGGUCAAAAUGGAGAAUUUUACAUGGAAGUUGAACCUGGAAAGAAGACUUUUAUGAAACUGAAUGACGAUAUAAUCUUCUUGAUUUCCAAAGAAAAUCAUCUUAACGGAAGAACUGGAAGUGCUGUAUUACAAUAUAGAGGUGGAACAGAGACUAUAGAAGCUGGAUUUAGAACUUCUAAUGAUCCCAUGCAGAUAUUUGCCUUCUUGAAAUCUACUGAAGGAGGUAUGUACUAUAUCCAUUACUCUUAUGUAAUCAAUAAGUAUUUGAGUGAAUUAGUGAUCAAAUCAUAG